CUCCCCGGGGCCGCGGGAAACUUUCUUCAGUCGCAGCAGCAGCUCCAUCACAGUCGGCGCGUGAGCUCGCAGCCUUCAUCAUGUGUCUGAAGAGCGCGUUCGUGUUGAGUUUGUGGAUUAUAUUUAUGGCGAACGUGUACGCGAGGAAACCUGACGAGUUCUUCAGCGCGAGCGUUUACCGCGCGAGGUGCGCGUCACGUUGCCUCAGCCUGCACAUCACGCGCAUCUCUGCUGUUUUCAAACACUUCCAGAGUAACGGAUCUCUGGUUUGGUGUCAGAAUCACAAGCAAUGCUCAAAGUGUCUAGAACCUUGCAAGGCAUCAUGGGACCUGCAGGAGAACCAGUGUCAGGACCUGUGUGAGACGCACUUUCCAAAGAAGCAUUACGAGUGUCUCACGAGCUGUGAGUUCCUGCGCUCCAUUGAGAGUCAGAAACAAGGCGACUGCCCGGCGCCGGAGCGUGCCAGCGGAUUCGCAGCGGCGUGUGUGGAGAGCUGCGAGACGGAUGCUGAAUGCUCCGCUGUGAAGAAAUGCUGCUCCAACGGCUGCGGUCACACCUGCCAGGUGCCAAAGAAUCUCUAUAAAGGAGCUCCUCUGAAGCCCAGGAAGGAGUUGGUGUUUCUGGAGGAUUCCUCAGGUCAGCUGGAAAUACGCUGGUCAUCGCGCUUCAACAUCUCAGUAGAACCGGUUCUGUAUGUCCUCCAGCGCCGCUGGAACUUUGGCAUUCACCCCAGUGAAGAUGACGCCACCCAGUGGCAGGACGUGGCGCAGAUAGCCAAAGAGCGCGUCCUGUUGACCGACAUCAGACCGAGCAGGUGGUAUCAGUUCCGUGUGGCGGCGGUUAAUGUUCACGGCACCCGCGGCUUCACGGCUCCCAGCAAACACUUCCGUUCGUCCAGAGAUCCAUCUGCACCUCCAACCCCAUCUGACCUGAGAGCGACCAACAUCAGCGUGGGGCAGGACGGUCUGAUGACGGUCAGACUCAACUGGACUCUUCCUGUAGAAUCUGACAUCCCCGUCCAUCACUUUAAAAUCUUCUGUAGCUGGACCGUGCCUGGAAAAUCACUGAGACCCUCCAGAAGAAAGAGACGAAAGACCACAGACGGGGCUGAAUUCUCUGUUGAUCUGGACGGACUUCACACCGACUUCACUUACACGGUUGAGGUUCAGUCCGUCACAUACUGGUCUCAAACACGACUGAAGAGCGCCAAAGCAUCCGUCCGCAUAGACCCACAGCAACACAAACACUCCAAUCCAGUGUCUAAGAUGAGAAAGAUUCCGGCUCUGAGUUCUGUGUCAGGAAAGAGAAGCUCAGGUGCGCUGGAGGUGGGCACACCGUAUUAUCAGGACGGACAACUACAGCUCCGCAUCUACUGGAAAAAACCAGCAGAUUCAUUUGUGCAGCGUUUUCAUGUUCAAUGGACACCAGAACACAGCAGAGCAACAGAGAAGUCCAUCACUCAGGAGAACUACAUCAAUCUUCCCAACCUGCUGUUUUCCUGUAAGUACAGAGUGACCGUCCGCACGCUGAACGGCAAGAGACGCUCGAAAGACGACAGCAUCACUUUCCUAACACCAUCCUGCGCUACGAUCCAGAGCAAGAGCCCAAAACCCAUCAUCUGUCCUGGAGACACAACACCAUCGAAGGUUUUAGCUAAACCUGUAAACCUGACGGCAGCCUUUUCCUUCCACGGCGACAACGUCACAGCUCAUUUUCUCUGGAGGGUGUCCCGCCCCCAGCCCCAUCAACCAAUCACAGGGUUCCAGGUCACAUGGGCGGAGGUUACGACAGAGAGCCGACAGGACGGACUGCCCAACAGCAUCAUCUCUCAGUCUCAGAUUCUGCCACCUGAUCAUCGUGUGCUGGUGGUGUCCAACCUCCGAGCCGCUUCGCUGUACAGAUUACAGGUUCACAUCAUCACUGCGGCGGGAGAAGGACCUGCAACCAUGAAGAUCUUUCAGACGCCCGACCGACCACAGCAUCACCAGAAAGUUGGACAUCAGCAUCAGAAAUCUGCCGUGGAGAAACAUUGAAGACGUCUGAACAUGUUUAAACAGACAACACUGUAAACAUCAUCACUUCAUCGUCAUUGAUUGAGAAAUCUCUUCAGUUGUGUUGCUCCAGUGAAUUUCAGUGGUGUGACAGGCGGGAUGAAACUGAAGCAGAUGAGAUUCAUGGGAUUAUUUACUCAUCCUCAUGUUCUUCACUAAUGAUUCUUUCUUUUGUUCAUUGUGGAUUAUAGACACGAGGUCGAGUACAGAAUUAUUGUCAUUAUUUCUUGCGUUAUUCCAUUGACAGGUUAACGGAGACGUCAGUUUUGUUCAGUAAUACUCCAGCGUGUUUUAGUUUUGAUGAAAUGAUGUUUGUUGUGGUGCAGUCAGUGAAUGUUGAUAUUUAUUUAUGUGUGUAUUGCAACACUCUGUUUGUUUGUUUGUUUGUUUGUAAGUUUGUUUGUUCUGGUGCAUUAGAAGGUCAGUGUUUUAUUGUUUCAAAAGCAUUUCUUGUAAAGCGUAAUGUAAAAAACUGAAUUGUACAUAUAGUCUUAUGUUCUCUUGUUUCCAUGUACAUACUUUAUUGAAGUAAUAAAAUAAUCCCA